AUUAAGUUCCAAUAAGGAACGAUUCAUGAAGUGUGUUCUAUAUGGUUAUGGCUGAGCUGAUGCAUUUUACUUGUGGUGUUCCUUAAGUGUGUUCUGUAUUUCAAGCCUGCCCGCCGCCGCAUGUCCAUCGCGUAGCGCCGACGAUGAUCACUCGGCCGUCCGGUAAAAUCUGGUUCGACGUGGGGAGACUGACGGUCUCUUGUGAUGCGUCGGUUACAAUCACCAACGAGGGGCAGUUACGCUUCAGAUAAGUACUCCCUUAUCAUUUAUUUUAUUAUUAUUAUUAUUAUUAAUUCCGUUCCCUUAAUAAUUAUCCUUCUACUUUAUUUGUUUUUAAUUAUUCUUUCCAUCAUUAUUCAUAUUUCUCGUACGUAUCUGUUGCCUUCUUUUUAUUAUUAUAUACUUGCUAAUUGGUAGGUCCCCGAAAUUUAGCUUGUUUCCUUUUAUUAAAAAAAAAAAAGAAUGAAAGAAAGAAGGUUUAGGUUUGUAACGGGUGGUGCCGGUUAUCUAGGGUUUCCCGACGACCUGGUUCUCUAUUUCAAAGGCGAAUUGCUGCCUUGUGUCUAUGUUGACUUGUUGGCUCUUUGGCCUGGAUUGUCCUAGUAGGGGCCUUUGUUUGCUCAUUUUGCAGGUGAAGAUUCAAUUGCACAGUAGUCGAUCGGUGACGGCUGUCUUGUUCACUAGGUGGCCUUUUGAUGAGAUUUGAUGGAGCACUUAGAAAUGGCGCCCCUGAUGUUGAAGGAACCCCUUGAACACUAUUAAUGUUGUGAUUCCUGUUGUAAUUUACCAUUAUAGUAGGGAUCACUUUGUAAUUGUCCAUUCCUCACGUAGCAUGGAGACUAGAGGAUUGGAUUUGUAUAUAUAGGGCUGGCCGAACCCUCUGUAACCCUAAGUGAACAUCAUCAAUAAUAAACAACAGCCGAGAGCUUCUAGCUCUCCGUGGACUAGUCCCGUUCAAUCUGAACGGGGAAACCACGUAAAUCCUUGUGUCGUGUUCUCUUUAGCUUCCGCAUUCAUCGUAUUUUGCAUGGUAUCAGAGCUGUGAUUUCGAUCCAGUCUUUUCUACAUCAUGUCGUCAGAUGAUGAUUUCUCAAGCAAGGGCUCGAAGGCUUCGAAAUCGGGUGUAGACUCGGGAGCAGAUCCGCAGCCCGGGCUUCCAUCUCAUUUGCACCUUCAUCAAUCGGAGAGUCCCAACAACUGUUUCGUUGGAGAGCUCCUUACCGAUAGUAAUUAUGGAGAGUGGGUUGUCGAUAUCACCGACUCUCUUAUUGCAAAGAAUAAAAUAUGUUUCGUCGACGGAACCCUACCACCUGCGACAACACCGGAAGAGAAGGAUGCACUCCGACGAUGUAACGCUAUGGUCAAGGGUUGGUUGAAGAUUGCUAUGUCCAAGGAGGUUCGUUCGAGCGUUCGUUUCGCAAAUACGGCCCGAGAAAUUUGGGUCGAUCUCCAGGCUCGCUUUGGCCAAGGUAGUGCUUCUCGGCUAUAUGAGCUUAAGCGAACCAUUAUUUGUCUUCAACAGGAGAAACUAUAUGUUUCUGCCUUUUACACUAAAUUGAGAGGCUACUGGGACGAGAAGAAUUCCUUGACCCCUUCCUUAGAUUGUACUUGCGCGGGUUGCCAUUGUGAUGUGCGGCGCCGGCAGCGCGAGGUCCGCGAAGGGGAGCAAUUGUUCGACUUCUUAAUGGGAUUGGAUGAUGCCUUUUCCACGGUUAAGUCACAAAUUCUCGCUAUGAAACCGGUUCCAUCUUUGGGUGAAGCUUAUCAGCUCGUCAUCAAUGACGAACAGCAGCGCCAGAUUACUCACAACCGUCGACCUAAAUCAGAGGCGGCUGUGUUCCAGGCUCGUGGGGAACGACGAUCUGAUCGUCUCGUUGCGCAACAUGAUGGCGACCGGGACCGAGAUCGCGACGCCGAUGGCAAACCAAAGUGCAGCCAUUGUCAGCGGGUCGGACACUUCAAGGAGACGUGCUACCGUCUCAUUGGCUAUCCAUCGAAGAAUGGUGAGAGCAAAGGCGAUCCACCUAGGCGCCGAAAUGACAAAGGGGCAAAGUCAGGACCUCAGGCAGCUCAGGUGGAUGCUGCGAGCAGCCCUCUCCCGGGUCUUUCCGCCUCGCAGUUCGCGCAACUCAAGGCUCUACUUGGUGGUGAUUUGCAUCAAGAGUCCAUGACAAAUCUCGACCCUGUAUCCAACAUGGCGGGUACGUUUUCUGGUAACUCUACUAAUUGGGUUAUUGAUUCUGGAUGUACAGAACAUAUUGUUAAUCAUGAUUCCUUCUUGGAUGCCGAGUUGGACUCGUCACCAACCUUACAGGUUAGAAUUCCCAACGGAACUGGGGUUAAGGUGAAGAGUAUUAGAACCAGCAGAUUAUCUAGUGAUUUAUGUUUACGUCGUGUACUGCAUGUGCCCGACUUCCAGUGUAAUCUAUUAUCAGUCAGCAGGCUUACAGCAGAGCUUCCCGUUGCAUUGAUAUUCCUAAGUGACUUCUGUGUUAUUCAGGACUUACCCUCCAAGAAGCUGAUUGGGAUGGGUAAGCAUGUGGACGGUCUUUAUUAUUUGAGGCUGGUUGAUGGUGGACAUCCUGUGGCGCAUUCGGUUCAGCAGGCUGUUAGCACGACGGAUUUGUGGCACACUCGGCUUGGUCAUCCUUCAUUGGCUAAACUUAAUCUCUUGGGAAAGUUUAUUGAUUGUUCAUUCAUUCAGUCACAAGAACCUUGUCGGUCUUGUUUGCGUGCUAAGCAGACUCGUACUCCUUUUGAUACCAGUAGCAUUAAAACCAAGUCUUGUUUUGAGCUUAUUCAUGUGGACAUAUGGGGUGGUUAUAAAACGCCAUCUACUUCUGGUGCACAUUACUUCCUUACUAUCGUCGAUGAUUACAGUCGUGCUGUCUGGGUUUUCUUGAUGCGGCAUAAGUCUGAUGUUAGCCGAUAUAUGCUUUACUUAUGUAAUUUAGUUCGCACUCAGUUUGAGAAACAGGUUCGACGUAUUCAAGCAGAUAAUGGACCUGAGUUCUCCUCAAAUAUACUGACUGCGUACUAUGAAGAGAGCGGUAUUGUUCUUCAAACUUCCUGUACUGAUACUCCGCAACAGAACGGAGUGGUGGAGCGUAAGCAUCGACAUCUCCUUGAUACCGCUCGGGCUCUACGGUUUCAUGCAAACUUACCCAUUCGUUUUUGGGGCGAGUGUGUUCUGACUGCCGCUUAUCUUAUUAACCGGAUGCCCCUGGUCAGCAUCGGCAACCGAUCCCCAUUUCAGGUUCUCUUUGAUGCGGAUCCCUCUUAUACGCAUCUUAGGAGUUUUGGUUGCCUUGUCUAUGCCCGUGAUACUCAUCAGGGUUUGCAUAAGUUCGGUGAUCGUGGCCGUGCAGGUAUUUUCAUGGGAUAUCCGUCUAAUCAACGUGGAUAUCGCGUUUAUGACCUUGAAAAAUGGACUAUCUAUACUUCUCGUGACGUCAAAUUUUUGGAGGAUGUUUUUCCCUAUAGAGAUCUCAUGCAUCGUGAUCAUCUUACUCCAGCCUUGGUUUCUCGGCCCACUUUUGGUGGUCAUCCUCCUGUACAUGAUGAGGAGGAGUUUUUUGAUGAAGCCAAUCAGCUGACACCUGCUCCGUCUUCUUCUAUUUCAGCCGAUAUGCCUGUUAAUACGCCAGGAUCUCCCAUUUCCCCGGCUGUCCCACCGUCAGCUUCUACUGACUUCUUGCCCGAUUCUUCCCCUUCAUCUUCCACUUCGCCCACUUCCGGCAGUUCACCUUCCGUUGUGGCUCGUGAGGGGGAGACGUCAUCUUCUUCUCCUAGGGUCUCGUCAUCACCAGCGACGGCGCCAGUUCCUCGUCGGAGUGAUCGAGUGAGAGUCCCCUCUACUCGCCUUGCUGGGUACGAUGUCGAUCUUCCUGGAGCAGCUCAUUCGGCGACAGUAAGGUAUCCCCUAGAUGACUAUCUCACUUAUCAUCGCCUGUCCACGAAGCAUCAUGCUUUUGUUGCAGCUGUCACCUCAGUUAAGGAACCAACUUCGUUCCAUGAAGCUGUUCGGCAUAAGCACUGGAGAGAUGCAAUGCAAAGGGAGAUAGAUGCUCUCAUUGCUAAUGGGAUGUGGUCUUUAGUUCACCUACCUUCUGGCAAGCGGCGUAUUGCAUGCAAGUGGGUGUUCAAGAUAAAAUUUAAUCCUGACGGCACAGUAGAACGAUAUAAGGCUCGUCUCGUGGCGAAGGGUUAUACUCAGAUUGAAGGUAUCGAUUACCACGAUACUUUCGCACCUAUCGCAAAGCUGGUUACUGUUCGUUGUCUGCUUGCUAUGGCAGUUACUCGGGAUUGGCAUAUUCAUCAACUUGAUGUGAAUAAUGCCUUUCUUCAUGGGGAUCUUCAUGAAGAAGUUUACAUGUCUAUACCGCAAGGAUUUGCUAGCCCCGGUGACAUGCGAGUGUGUCUUCUACACAAGUCCAUUUACGGAUUGCGCCAGGCUUCACGUAACUGGUACGAGAAGUUUACUCAAGCUCUCCUAGCUUUUGAUUUUGUGCAGAGCAAAGCAGAUCACGCUCUGUUUAUUCAUCGACGUGGCUCCUCUUAUGUAGUAGCCCUCAUAUAUGUGGACGACGUUAUUCUGGCAGGCAAUGAUUUGCCUUUUAUUAAUCGGGUUAAGGGCUUUCUUCAUGAGAAAUUCACCAUCAAGGACUUGGGCACUCUCAAGUACUUUCUUGGUAUUGAGGUAGCUCGAUCGUCUCGUGGAAUUGUACUUAAUCAACGGAAAUAUGUACUUGAUAUUUUGGCUAAUACAGGCUUGGAAGCAGUACGUCCAAGUCCUACUCCUGUGGAGCAGCAACAUCAUCUUGGGCGAGAUGCAUCUCCACCUGCGGUUGAUCCGGGUGCCUACCGUCGGCUUGUUGGGCGCUUACUUUAUCUCACUGUGACGCGACCCGACAUUACUUAUGCAGUUAAUUUGCUCAGUCAGGCGAUGCAGGCGCCCACCAAAGCUCAUGAAGAUGCUGCAGUUAGAGUACUUCGUUAUCUGAAAUCUACUCCAGGGCGAGGUUUGUUCUUCCCUGCUUCUACCCCUCUUAUUCUCACUGCUUACUGUGACGCAGAUUGGGGUGGAUGUCCUCUCACUCGACGAUCCACGACAGGAUACUACAUUCGACUGGGUGCUUCGCCGAUUUCUUGGAGAACGAAGAAACAAAAUGUGGUAGCCCGUUCUUCAGCUGAAGCUGAGUAUCGUGCGAUGGCCAGCACUGUUAGUGAAGUUCUAUGGCUUCGAUGGUUAUUGCGUGAUCUUGGCAUUUCUUCUUCUGGACCUACUCCAUUGUUUUGUGAUAAUCAGGCAGCUUUACAUAUUGCAGCCAAUCCAGUAUUCCAUGAGCGCACCAAACACGUAGAGAUGGACUGCCAUUUUGUUCGUGAGCGGGUGCAGUCUCGUGACAUCGCCCCGCAGAAGAUUGCUACUGCUGACCAGCCUGCAGACUUGUUUACGAAGGGAUUGAGUGUUGAUCAGUUUCAUCAUCUCUUCGGCAAGCUUGGACUUCUCGAUAUUCACUCCUUCGCUUGAGGGGGAGUGUUGUGAUUCCUGUUGUAAUUUACCAUUAUAGUAGGGAUCACUUUGUAAUUGUCCAUUCCUCACGUAGCAUGGAGACUAGAGGAUUGGAUUUGUAUAUAUAGGGCUGGCCGAACCCUCUGUAACCCUAAGUGAACAUCAUCAAUAAUAAACAACAGCCGAGAGCUUCUAGCUCUCCGUGGACUAGUCCCGUUCAAUCUGAACGGGGAAACCACGUAAAUCCUUGUGUCGUGUUCUCUUUAGCUUCCGCAUUCAUCGUAUUUUACAAUUAAUGUUUAGUUUGAUGGUGUGGUCAAGCAUAGUUACGAAGGUAGUAUUGGCUUUAUGGGUUUUCAAUCGUCAGGUAAUAUUCUCUUUGCUUUCGGAAAGUGUUAUGAAGGAUUACACGAUUCAUUUGUUAUACUGGAGGUCAUAGAGUGGUGCCUGACAUAUUCCUUUGUCUCUGUCAAAUUUCAUGGGGAUUCACAACAAUUGAUACGACGGGAUGGUGGGAGGCGAUUUGGCGCAUGAUCGGGGUGGAGCUCUACUGGAGGAUGCUCGGAGCUUAGUUUCUCACUUCAGCUGUUUUCUUACUGCUUUGUUUUUCGUCGACUUUAUAGGGCUGCCCAUCAUGUGGCACUAAAGGCCCUCUCAUCGGGAGUUCGAUUAUUGGUCGACUCCCGCGCUUUUCUUUCUUUCUCCUUGUGACUAUCUUUUCAACACUGACUUUGCCAAAAAAAAAAAAAAAAGGAACACACUAUAUAUAAACCUAACCGGUAUAUUAGCAUAAGCUUUGAAUUGGUACAUAUAAAUGAAACAAUGCCCAUAAGAAAACAGUAAAAGUAAAACACAUAUUGACAUAUAUAAAGCUAACAUAUUCUAGGUGGUAGUGACUGUUGUAGAUUUGAAAAAGGGAGUUGUGCAGCUUAGAGCUCGACAAAAUUGGGAGGCGCAAUGGAUGGGAAUAGGGUUUGUGAUGGAUAUCGCAAAUCUGUAUUGGGUUUAAUAUACAGGCUGAAGAGGUGUGCUACGCGCACAAAAUUAUUUAUUGGCGCCAAAAUAAUAUACAGGUAAGUAAUUUAAUUAAUUAAUUAAUGAUAACGAUGCUAUUUUAUCAUAAUUAGUAAAAUACUUGUGGAAUUCAUUUCGAAAUUCCAUCUUAAUUCCUCGAAAUUGCUAUAACUAGCUCCAAUUCCAUAAAAUUCAAAUUUUAGAAUUGAAAAUAAAUUCUUUUAUAUACCAAACACAAAAAGAUUUCAUUUCAAAAUGAAUUCUUUAAAACUUA